ACCAAAAAUAUGCACACAAGAAAACAAAAAGCAAAAGAAAAUAUUUCCUUUUUGCUUUGUCUCAAAGAAUUGAAAGACUGGUAGAGUGUGUUUCUCUAAGAGAAAACAAUGGGACGCAUUCCAUGCUGUGAGAAGGACAAUGUGAAAAGGGGACAAUGGACUCCGGAGGAAGAUAACAAGCUCUCCUCCUACAUUGCUCAACAUGGCACCCGCAAUUGGCGCCUUAUCCCCAAGAAUGCUGGUCUCCAGAGAUGUGGAAAGAGCUGCAGGCUAAGGUGGACAAACUACCUUCGUCCUGAUCUCAAACAUGGCCAAUUCUCUGAUUCUGAAGAACAAACUAUUGUGAAGCUUCACUCAGUUUUUGGCAACAGGUGGUCACUGAUAGCAGCACAGCUGCCGGGACGCACCGACAAUGAUGUGAAAAACCACUGGAAUACUAAGCUGAAGAAGAAGCUUUCAGGCAUGGGAAUUGACCCUGUGACACACAAGCCAUUCUCACACCUAAUGGCUGAAAUCGCCACAACCUUGGCACCGCCACAGGCAGCGCACCUUGCCGAAGCAGCACUUGGCUGCUUCAAGGAUGAGGUACUCCACCUUCUGACCAAGAAGCCAAUUAGCUUCCAAGGCCAACACUCAACUAUGACACAAGGGAAUAACAUCACAGAUUAUAUUAACUGUAAACCAGAAGAAAAGGAUGACACUGUUGAAAAGAUUAAGCUUGGAUUAUCAAAGGCAAUACAGGAAGAACCUGAAAUGAUGCCCUCAAAUAAGCAUUGGGAUUCCAGUGCAGCUACAUCUGCAAGCUAUGCAAUGUCAUACAGCGUAUUCCCACCCAUGCCCGGGUUUCAGUAUAACCCAGUACCUUUUGGGAGUAAAGGGGAUGCUUCACCAUGGAGCCAAAGUGUAUGCACUGGGAGCACAUGCACAGCUGUGGAUCAGCAAAACCAGUUACAUGAAAAGCUUGAAGAAAAUGGGGAUGAUUCCGAAGCUACAAAAGAAAUUAGAAACUUAUCCAAUAUUUUCAACUCAGAUUGUGUCUUGUGGGAUUUACAAGCAGAUGAUCUAAUGAACCCAAUGGUGUAA